UCUUUUACACUCUCAAAUUUUGUUUCAUAAUUUUUUUCUUUCUUUCUGGUUUUUGGUUUUUUGGGUCUGAAAAUACAACUAAAUUUUGUAACAAGACCAAGUUUUCAAUGAAGUUUGGGAAGAGAUUGAAGCAGCAAAUGCAGGGGACUUUGCCCGGUUGGCGUGAUAAGUUCUUGUCGUAUAAGCAUUUGAAGAAGAUUGUGAAGCUGAUUGCUUCUGCAGCGCCCAUGUUGUUGAAUGGAUCAUUGGAGUAUGGCAAGUUUGAGGCUGAGUUUGUGUACCUCUUGAACAAUGAGAUUGACAAGUUCAAUGCUUUCUUUGUGGAGCAGGAGGAGGAUUUCAUUAUCCGGAAUAAGGAAUUACAGCAGAGAAUUCAAAAGGUGAUUGAUAGAUGGGGUUCGAAUGGAAGCCAGCCUUCAAAGGCUAUAUAUGAAGAAGAAGUGGGAAAAGUUAGGAAAGACAUUGUUGAUUUCCACGGCGAAAUGGUGCUCUUGGUGAACUACAGCAAUAUCAAUUACACAGGAUUGGCUAAAAUAUUGAAGAAGUAUGACAAGAGAACAGGUGCUCUACUGCGCCUGCCAUUCAUUCAAAAAAUUCUGGAGCAGCCCUUUUUUACAACUGAUAACAUCUCAAAGCUUGUCAAGGAAUGCGAAAACACCAUAGAUGCAGUGUUCCCAGUGGAGGAAGAAGAAGAAGAGAGAAAAAGAGAAGUGAAAGAAGCCAUAACAGUUGCUGGAGAAGGAAUAUUUAGGAACACAGUUGCAGCUCUGCUGACCAUGCAAGAGAUUAGAAGAGGCAGCUCCACUUACAGCCAGUAUUCUCUGCCACCUCUCAAUUUGCCUGCAGACAAUGAUCUCAUCCAGUUGUUCCAACUCAGCCCUCCUAUACCUAUUGUCUAAGUUAUAGUAGCUAGAAUUGAUUAAGCAGACAAAUUGGGUAUAAUAUUAUUUAUAUAUAUAUAUAUAUAUAUAAAAUACAUAGCACAGGAACUGGAAAAUAAUCAUACUAUUUUUGUGUUUUUUUGGGGAACAGACUAUGGUCAUAUACUUUAGCAUAUCUGCUACCCUUGGGUUAGCAAAGGAGAGAAGGAUUAA